AUUUCUGGUUUCGGACUGUAAAGAUCUCUAAAAACAAAAAACACAAAAACCAAAAAAAGUUUUUCUGGAAUCAAAAUUUUUAGUGAAAACUUUCGAUAAAAAAAAAAUUAUAAUGGAGUACGGUAAUGGUAUGCAAUUUGGUGGCUACGGCCAGGGCGGCGAGGGCUAUGAAAUGAACUAUGACCAGAUGGGCACCAGCCAGGGAUUCGGCCAACCUGCCGGUGGCUUUGGACAAGAGUCCAGGAACAUGCAAAGUGGCGCCGCUGCUCUCGGUGGCCCCGGAUAUCGUAGUCCUCUACGUUAUCAGAAGAUCAUGCGCGAAAUGAACUCUCGCAACGGGCUCUACUCCCCCAUGGACCAACAGCGUGGUGGAGGACAGGGAGAUUACUACAGCUCCUUGCCCGGAAUUGGUGGCGCCGAGGGCCAAAUAUAUCGUGGAAACCGUGGAAACGGCAGCAGCAACCAAAACUCUUACUUUUAGUCAAAGAUGUGCACUCACUAGAUAUUGAUAUUAUGGUUUAAAAUUGAAACGUGUUUGCCUAUAAAUAAACAUUAAAUAUUAUAUUUUUUUAAA